AUAUUCAAGGAAAACAAAAGAUGCAGACACGACAACAGCUCUGAACUUUAGUGACAUCAUGACUCAACGGUUUCAUAUAAAAGAAGAGAAGAAGAAAAUUCCUCAGAAAACAACUUGAUUCUUCUUCAUCCAACUUCAACAUAGACAGAGACGAUGACAUGUCACCUGCGCAUGAAGGAACAAGACGAGAGCGUCCAAUGGAUUGACGAGCCUCAGCCUUUCCCUGUCUCAGGUGUCUCCAGGUUCAGACGUUGGAUGGUUCCUGCUCUGGCAGUGACAGUCAUCCUGGUUCUGAUCUUAAGUCUGGGAGUUAGCUAUGUGACAACGUCAAAUGGUCUGAGGCCUCUAGAGACGAGAGUUUCCAACCUGAGCAAUGUUAUUGAGUCACUUAGCUCCUCACUGAAGAACGCUCAAGAUGUGACAACGUCAAAUCGUCUGUGGUCUGUAGAGAAGACAGUUUCCAGCCUGAGCAACGUUAUUGAGUCACUUAGCACCUCACUGCAGAACGCUCAAGAUGUGACAACGUCAAAUCGUCUGUGGUCUGUAGAGAAGACAGUUUCCAACCUGAGCAACGUUAUUGAGUCACUUAGCACCUCACUGCAGAACGCUCAAGAAUCUGCUGACAAAGCUCAGAUGAUGCAUUCUGCUGUGGAGGACCGGCUGACCUCAGGUAUCACUAGAUAUGUGACAACGUCAAAUCGUCUGUGGUCUGUAGAGAAGACAGUUUCCAACCUGAGCAACGUUAUUGAGUCACUUAGCACCUCACUGCAGAACGCUCAAGAUGUGACAACGUCAAAUCGUCUGAGGUCUGUAGAGAAGACAGUUUCCAACCUGAGCAACGUUAUUGAGUCACUUAGCACCUCACUGCAGAACGCUCAAGAAUCUGCUGACAAAGCUCAGAUGAUGCAUUCUGCUGUGGAGGACCGGCUGACCUCAGGUAUCACUAGAUUGUUGGAGGCGUUGAAGCAAGUGUUGGCCAUUGACUCUCUGAGCAGGAGUCUUACUUCGAACAAAUGUUCCCUCGAACAAAUCAUCAACAACAGCUCAGGGUUGGACGGUUGUUGUCCUCCUGAUUGGAAACUCUCUGGCUUGAGUUGUUAUUUCUUCAGCCAUUCCACUUUGUCCUGGAAUGAUUCCAGAGCCUGGUGUGAGACACAUGAAUCUCACCUGGUCAUACUCUCCUCGGACAGGGACUGGGACUUCGUGACCCCUCACACACAUUCGGAAUUUUUCUGGGUGGGUCUCAGUGAUUGGAGAACUGGAACGUGGGAGUGGGUGGACCAGACUCCGUACUCCAUGGACAGCAGACAGUGGCGACCGGGUCAGCCCGACAACUGGGACGGUCACGGCCUCGGGCCUGGAGGCGAAGACUGUGCUCACCUGCACAGGGACGGACGCCUCAACGACCAGCACUGCUCCGAACAGAUGCGGUUCAUCUGCCAAAAGCGCAGCGGUGACCACUGAGCAAACCGCCCCGGCUCCGCCCACACGCGUGUUCACAGAUAGAAAACCUAGAAUUAUCAGUGACGAGCGGCUGUCAGAACCAAAUAUAAACCAGAACCAAAUAUGUCUGACGUUAUAAUAAACAGCUGGAAAAUAA